AUGACUUCUCUCAAGAACAUUCUUCUCAUUGGCGCCGGCGGAAACCUGGGCUUGCCUGUACUUGAGGCACUCCUAGCUAUUCCUUCGUACAAAGUCAGCGUCCUAGCCCGCAAGGAGUCUACCUCGGUCUUUCCAGAAGGCGUACCAGUUUUCAAGGCAGACUACAGCAAGCAGGCUGAAAUCCAACUUGCAAUGGAGGGCCAGGACGUGGUGAUCUGCAUGGUUGAACCCUUCGCAACCGGCAACCAAAACAUCUUCAUUGAUGCCGCCAUAGCCGCCGGCGUCAAAAGGUUCUUCCCUAGCGAGUUCGGGCCUCCCUCUCGGGAUCCCAGGUUUGUCGACCUGAAGCUUCAUGUUGUGCCAGCGAAGGCAGCGACUGUCGACUACCUCCGAACGAAAGAGUCUCAAAUCUCUUGGACAAGCAUCGUCACCGGUUUGUUUUUCGACUGGGCUGUGAAAGGCGGGGUGUUGGGCCUCGACCCAAUCACGAAGACUGCACGUCUUGUUGAUGGCGGCACGACGGUCCUUACGGCUUCCAACCUACAUUACAUUGCCAAAGCUGUUCUUGCAUGCCUCGACCAAGCCGAACAGACAAAGAACCAAUACGUCUAUAUCGGAGAAUUCCACGUUAGCCAGACGGAUGUUCUGGCAGCAUUCGAGAAAGUCCAGGGCCAGAAGUGGACUACUGAGAAUAUGGACUCGGAGUCGAUUAUUGCUGCUGGCCAGAAAAAGCUUGAAGAUGGUGACAAGAGCGGUGUCAAGGACUUGAUCUGGGCUGGGACUUGCGGCAAACGGGGAAUGGGCGACAGCAGACCAUGGGGGCUCUGGGACGAGAAACUGGGCUUGGAGAAGGCUAGCCUUGAGCAGGUAGUCGGUGAGAUACUUGCCUCUUGGUAG